UGUGUGUGUGCUUGUGUAGUACCAGAAAAAAAAUUGUUUUAAAAAAAUAUCUGUUUAUAUUUUAUAAAUUAUUUAAACUUUUGGUAUGUUCUCAGGUAGGAAAAUCGCAAUCAUACCUUUAUCACUCUGCUUGCAUAUGGGGAGUGGAAAUGUUUCCAGAAGGUAGUCUGGUACCACCUGGAUCAUUUAUUACUUGUUCUUCUGAUGACACUAUUCGUGUUUGGAAUGUUGAUAGUCAUGUUAAAUCAUUACCUGAUUCAGCUUACCAAAGAAAUAUCUAUAGCAAGGAGCUCCUUAAAGUGUUGUAUGUUGAUCCAGAGUUAAGUUGUUUAAAAGAUAUAGAAUUACAAGGAGGAGAUAGGAGUGAUAGUACUGCAGCCUAUGAUGGUAAAAAUGGUGUUAGGUCUUUAAGGAUCAGUCCCGAUGGAAAUCACCUUGCUUCAGGUGAUAGGGCUGGAAAUAUUAGAGUCCAUGACACAAGAUCUCUAGAAGAACUCUGUUUAAUCGAAGCCCAUGAUGCAGAAGUUCUUUGUUUGGAAUACUCUCGCCCUGAAUGUGGCGUUAGGCUCUUGGCUUCUGCUUCUAGAGAUCGUCUGGUACAUGUCUUUGAUGUUUCUCAAGGUUACAAUUUUCUUCAAACCCUUGAUGAUCAUUCCUCAUCAAUCACUGCUGUAAGAUUUUUGAACAAUCAUCAGAAUCUGCAAAUGGUGUCAUGUGGAGCUGACAAGUCUAUUAUUUUUCGACAACUGCAAACUGGUACAGAUGGCCAGAUUCAAUUUACUCGAAUGUACAAUGCAGCUGGAAAAACUACUCUUUAUGAUAUGGAAGUUGAUGUAUCCCACAAACAUGUAAUAACUGCUUGCCAAGAUAGAAAUAUUAGGGUGUACAAUGUGUCUUCAGGGAAGCAUAGUAAGACAUUUAAAGGUUCCAUUGGUGAAGAUGGUUCUUUAAUAAAGGUCACAUUAGAUGCAAGUGGUAUUUUUGUUGCUACUUCAUGCACCGACAAAACGCUUUGUAUAUAUGACUAUUAUUCUGGAGAAUGUAUGGCUACUAUGUCUGGACACUCAGAACUGGUGACUGGCCUAAGAUUCAGCCCUGAUUGCACUCGAUUGGUAUCUGCUUCUGGUGAUGGUUGUGUUCUUGUAUGGACAGUUCCUCAUGAUAUGGUUGUGACAAUGCAAGCAAGGUUAUCACAGCAACAAGCCAGAGCUAAGAAACCUACCACUAAAAUAUUAAAUGGUCUCCAUAUUGAUAAUGAUGAUUUUGUUCCUGGUAAUCUGGAUACUUUUGAUUCUAAUGCUAACCAAGCUGACUACAGGUAUAGUUUUGGACAACUCCCUGUAUGGGCAAAGAAAGAACUGGACGUUUCUGAAGCUGGUUCUGGUUUGGGUAGAACACCAGCAGGUCCUAGAGGUCGGUGGGCUCAGCGUGUUGGGCAAUCAGGAUUAACUAUCAAGUCUGUCCUUGAUGAUCCAGUUAUUCUGCCAAAAGAUAAGCGAUUAGAUUCUGAUGGUAGUAAAGAAGAUAGUUCAGUGGACAGUGGUGCAGAGAUGGGAAAAUCCAUUUUGAAGAGAGAAUCUCUUUUUUUUUCUAAAGUUACUCGUGAAUCAAAUAUAGAUUUUAUGGCCUGUCCAGAUAGUUUACGUGAAAUAUUGGAGCAAGAGACCAAAUCUAUGAUUAACAGUAAAGUAACCAUGACAAGAGGGAAUGAAAUCACAGAAAUCAACCAGAGACCGCAUACAGAUGAUAGUUCCCUUGGUAGUUUUAAAUAUGAGGACAUUGAAAGUACCGAACAUGAUGGAGAUGUUGAAGAUUGUUCUGAAGGUGAAUCAAGUGAUACGAGAAGACCUCUCUAUAUUCCUCCGCAUGAUGAACCUAUUAGGGAGUUUCCUGUUACCAAUAUGGAUGCUGUUGAAUUACGGAAAUCAAUGAAAAAAUCAAAAAGACCCGACCUCUUGAUGGUAACGAGUGAAAUAUCAAGUGCAAGCAGAUCUGUGUCUGGUAGCCAGAGUGAUGAUGACGAUCAAACUCCAACAUCAGAUCAUCUUCAUCAUUCUGUAAGCUCUGACACAUUAGAUGUGAUAGGCCAUAGAGAGAUGUAUUUGAAAAAUACAUUUGAAUCCUUAAGUGGAGCAGAAGAAUCAUUGACUCCAGUAAGAAAAGGAAAAAGAAGUUUAUCAUCUCAACAUCAUGUUAGUUUAAACAUAGGAGUUAGAAAUAGUAAUGUGAUACAAGCUGCAAAAGUGGCUAAGAAUGAUUCAGAAGCUCUGAGUAAAAGAGAAGAACUUCAAAGAAGAAUUCAAGAAACUAGAAGACAACUGCAAAGUGUUGGCUAUCGCUCUAACUUAAAAAUGAGCCAAAGUAUACAGGAUUUAAGCUUGCAAGGGGUUUAUAAUAGUAGUGGCGGUGGAGGAGGUGAUCAUCCAAAACCCACUCCACGCCACCGUGCAGUUCAGCAAGGUAAAAAGAUUGACUCCAGCACAUUUACUAGGAGGCCUAAACAUACUAACUCAACUAACAAUAGAUCUGAUCGCCCCAUCAGUCUUAACCUAUCCCAGCUAUCAGUAAACCCGCACAGAUCCGGGUCCAAAUCAAUGGAAACUUCUUUAACUGGCUCUCCUAUUUAUGAUAAACUUUCCCCUACUAACUUUACUGAUACAGAAAUCAAUAUGCAAUUUGCAGCUCAUGAAGCAAAUAGGUAUAAACGUUAUUCUUGUAGCUUUUAUGUAAAUAUAAAUGAAAAGUGUACUGAUAAUGGUCGCGAGUCGAAAUCAUGUGAUGACUUAAACGAAAUUUUUAAAAGUGAUAUUUUUUUACCUCAAACUGAUAGGAACUCAGAUAAAUCUGAUAUAAGUGAGUAUAGUUCAGAUUCUUUAGAAGAGUGUUCCGGCUUUGGUUCAAAACCCAGACGUUGUAUUAGUGAAUAUCAAAUUUUAGAAAGAUCAGCUAGUGCCUUUGGUUUUAAAGAUUCAUCUAGGGAAAAAACAAAGUUCCAUAGUGAAGAAAAUAUUUUAGCUGAUGAUUCUAAUGAAAAUUGGGAUCGUCAUUCAAGUGCUAGUUUCUUUUUGUCUAAAAAUAAUUGUCGUAGUACAGAAAGUAUUCUUACUGAUGAGAGUGAGUAUCAAUAUUUGUUUGGGAAUAAGGAAGUAUUCCGCAGCACAGAAAGUAUAUUGACUGAUGCUGGAGAUUUAAAAGAACUUCCUGAUGAUGCUUUAGAUGAAAUACCCAUGAAGCAAACUGUUUCUAGAACUCGUAGCCUUCAAGAAGCAGGUAUGAAAGAAUUGGUUGGAAUCAGUGCUUCCAAAAGUCGCCCAGAAACUCCUUUUGCUUUGAGUGAUUUUGAUAAUAAAAAAAAUGAAUCAUUUUUUAUUCCAAUGGGUGAUGGCCCUGUAAAACCAAGUCCUCCUGAUGCUUUGAUCAAAAAGUAUCAAAAUAGAGAUGCAAAGAAAAUUAACUCAAACAAUGAAAAUCAUCCUGUGGUUGCACAUAAGCCACCCAAACCAAAAGUAAAUAUGGCCAUUUCGAGGGUGAAAACAACACAAAAAAGAAUCAAUAAGCUGUUGUCUGAAAAAAACAAAGACACGAAAGCAUUUGAAGUCGUGUUUCGAAAAGAUUUAUGGGAAGCUCCAGUGAAAGAUCCUGGUCUUAAUGCUAUACCAGAUCUUCCACAGUAUAAUGGUGGACGGGUCAAACUAUUGUCUCAAAAUUUCGAACGUAUUUCUGCAAGAGAAGAGGUUUCUUGUGACUCGGGAUCUUCUACUCCGGGUACAUCUUCUUCUUGUGCUAAUUCACCGAAAAGGAAAUGGAAACCUUCAAUAGGAAAUCAGCUCGCCCGUAGAAUAGCGAAUGGUCAACUUCUUCCAGAUAAAUGUUCUGCAGUUCAAGAAGAAUCUGGAGGGAUUCGAAGAGCUUGUUCAUUGAGCGAUCUUGCUAAUCCAUCCCCGCGUUCAAGAAGUACAUUUUCAGUUACAUCCAAGCCAUCAACAACUAAAUCUCACUCUAAUUCAAGACAUAGUGGGCCUAAGAGCAAUAUGAUGAGAAGUAGUUCAGUUGGAGUAUUAAACCAGAGUGAUUCUGAGAGUGACAUCAGCCAAACUACAGGUGGUGGGCAGAGAAGUCUCGUAUCCCUGAGGGUAAUGCGGCCAACUAUAUCAUCACAAAAUAAAAUGUCUGCCACUGCUUCCAACAAAGCUUUAGCUGCUAGAAGGAGAGCAUUGUCUGGAGCAUACUCUGCCAUAGCUUUAAACCAAGGUGGUAAUACUGAAGAUUCAAGUUCUGAAGAAAAUCAACCACCUGCACAAGUUAAUUCUAAACCAACACCACCUCCACGACCAAAAAGUGUCUCUAAUUUAGACAGGAUGGGUAAAAGAUCAGGAUUGGGAAGAAGUGGUUCUGAACGAGAUUUAAAUCGAGGAAGUGGAGUAAAGGUCCAGCGAUCAGCUUCGGGCAUUGUAAGAACUUCAAAUCUGGAUCCCAGUCCUUAUGAGCUUCCAGUUAAAGACAUCUCAUCAGCUCCUUUAUCAGAACAGUUGAUUUCUACAAUGGCUGAGCAGCUACAAAGGGCAGCAGAAAGUGUUGUGCAACUGCAUUCAAGGUUGCAAUCAGUAAAUCCAGAGGAACGUGAUGCUCUUCUUGGAGGUUUGUCUGGUGCACUAGGUGAAGCACAAAAAGCACUUGGUCUCGUACUCCCUAAGCAGCAGCAAUAAGGGAAAAUAUUUAUUUUUAUUGUUUAAAAAAACGAAAGGUUAUUCGUUCUGUCUAAAAUAUCACCUUGUAUGCCUGCACCCUAGUCCAUUUGUGAUAUUUUGGUCUAUAGUUAAAUGUGAUGUCUGUUAUUGAAUCAUUUGUCGAUAUAAUGGAGCACUGCCAGACAUUACAUAUUUGUACAGUUGUUUUAAGUAUAUGUAAUUUCCAAAUAACACUUUAUUGUCAAUUUAUCAUGAAAUUAUUUGUUUAAAAUUGUUUGGUACUUAUUUAUAAUUUGCAUGAUUCCUAUUACCUAGAAAAGAUACUUUUUGAUCGUAAUAAGUCAUUAAUAUAUUCAUGUUUCUUAUAUAAUUAGUAACUAUUGAUCGAAUAUCAAAUUACUAUUUAUAUUGCUAAUAGUACGUUCAAUAGUUUAAUUUAAAUAAGAUAUAUGAAGAGAUUGUAUUCCUGUUUUCAUUUAGAAAAUAGCUGAGUACAGAUUUUCUAUGCUUAACUAUGCUGUACUUAAAUGAACUGUAUUUAAUUAAUGUUUUUGUCAAGAAAAGAAAUUAUUGACUACUUUUAGUGCUAUUUGUUAUUAAUGUAUUUUUAUUGUUAAUAUUUUGUACAAAUAACUAAUUGUAUUAAUCUUAAUUAAAUUCAGUGCUUUGUAAUUAUGUAGCAUGUAAGAAAAUAUUUUUAAAUGAAUUUUGAAUUGUAGGAUUAUCACGUGCCAAAGGUUUUUCCUAACCCAUCAAAAAUUGAUCAAUUAAAUAGUUCGUAUGGAACAUAUGGGAAGUAGGAAUUGCAUUAGCAACAAUGAGACUGAUUUAAUUACUAAAACAUAUUUAAAAAAAAAAAAAAAAAAUGAAAACUAUGUGUUUAAUUUUAUGUUGAGAUCACAUUCCUUUUCAAAAAUGCAUUUUGUUACUCACUAGUAAUGAUGAUAUAUUGUUAAAAUAAUUAUGUAAAAAAAAAACAACAGAUUUAUAACCUUCUAAAUGUUGGUGAUUUGUCGUUUUUGAUUUAUUGCUAGAAUGCUACUUUUUAUAUAAUUUGUUUUACAUAUUAAUGUAUUUUUAACCAAUAGUAUUGUUUUUAAAUAGUUUUAAGUUUGUAUUUUAAAUAUAUUGAUUUUAUAUGUAUCUAAUGUAUAAAGAAAAAUAACUUCCUUAUUUAUUUAAAGUUUACCUUUAUUGAUUUUAAAAAGGGAUAGGGAAAUAAAUAAAAAUGAUUACUCUAUUAUUUCAAGUUACCUGGCAAUGGCUUUUUCUUAAUUGUUUUUGUCUAUAUUAAAAUUAUGUUAGAAAGUAUUGAUAAAUAAAUUAGCUCAAAUUAAAACCUUGUAAAUUUCAUUGUUUUUGUUUUGUUUUGUUUUAGACAGUAGAAAUAAUGUUGUAUACUUGUAUAUCUUAAAUUAAUAUUUGGUCUUGUCUACGAAGUAAAUUCAUAAGGUUCGUUAUUAAGCAUUUGUAUAUAUUUUUUUAAGUAAUUCUGUAAGAAAAAAUAUAUAAUUCAGCUUUCAGAUAAAAAUGUAAAUAGAAUAGAAUAUUAAAGAAUGAAAAAUUAACUUUUGAACCUUUCUCAGUGGUAAACUUAAUUUUUGGACUCUUUCCUCAAUGUUGAAGUGCUCAUUCCCAUGGCCUAUUGUAUAUCAAUAUUUAUUGUAUACUUUACACAAUGUAAUCAAUCAUGUGAUUAAUAAUAAUACUGUUAAUAAUUUAUGAAGCUCAUGUAACAGUUUUUAUAACUUAGGUAAGACCAUCUAUGGUACAAAUACAAAAAUAAAAACAAAAAAGUUUUUAAAAUUUUUAGAACAGGCUUCACUUUUUCCCUUGUUUAAUAUCCACUAUUAAACGAAACAACUGAAUUCAUUCUUACUUAAGCAAUUCUAUUUGUUUCAGAAGAUUGUUCUUUUUGCAUGUAUUAAUAUAUUUACUGCCUAGGUGCUUUUCAUGAUUCUGGGACAAAAAGAUUAAAUUAAUCAUAUUAUAUUUUGAAAAAUUAAAUGAGAUAACUUGUAGUUUGUACCUUAGGUAAUUAUGCAAACUACAAGUACCUUCUAGUUGUCAGUCAAAUGUAUUUAAGUUAGGUUUGUGAAUUACAUCAAAGAUUUUUCAAUUAGCAAUCAAAAGUGGACACAAUUGUAAUUUUAUAGUAUUUCUGUAAGUUAUUGUAUUUUACAGUUUAAAUAUUCAACUUUAAAUAGUAUACCCUUCUCAACAGUCAUUUAAGUCAUUCAAUUGUAAUCUGUUUUACAUCCAACAUUCUUCACAGCCAUUGCAUGUUUAAUAUUUCUUUAUUAAUGUAAUUUUCUUGUCCUAUUUUUUAGAUUCGGUGCCAUUUUUUAUUUAAAAGGUGGCCCCAGGUCAGCAAUAACAUAUGCCUCAUUUUCAUUUUAUUCUUUAUUUGUCAAUGUUUCGACCUCUCGAGCCAUUUUCAAUAUUCUAUCAUGCUUUGUUUCUCGUAAUACAAAAAGUGAAUAACAAUGAGAAGUUGAUUAGCAAGAAGUGAUAUAGAUAUGCUUGCAGCUGCAGAAUAGCAGGUUUGAAGUGUUUAGUUAUCGGCAGAACCUGUAAUGGCCAACCCUCCGAAAACUGUCUGAAAUUACGGUAGACAAUGUAAACAUCCAUGAUUUUGGCGAGCUCAACGAGAACGACGAUAUAAAUAGACUACUCAACUAAUCUGACAGCCAUCAUUAGUGAUUGAGUUCAAUUUAAAAAAAAAAACAUACACAAAACUAUAUUAUAUUACAGCAAAUUUUACAAAGCAGAGUUUAUAACACACAUUUAAU